CACUCGCCCCUAGCAAUAAUCUGCUUCUACCUCUCGAUCGCUUCCCAGUUGCCUCCGCUCACCACUCGCUUCUCUCUGCCAGAGUGCAAGUGCUCUCUCCCUCGCACACUACACACACAGUAACAACACUCCCCGGAGUUUCACCAGCUAGCUAGCUCCCGGUUUUAGCAGGCAUUAAAACCCUAUCCUUUCAGGUCUCUCUCACCUUUUCUUUUUCGUUCUCCGGCCGUUCACUCCUAUCUCCGUUUGCACGCUUGCUCUUGACCCGAGGUCGCACACGUACACUGCACAAAUAGGCGAGCCGCGAGAGAGGCUGAGGCAGAGACGACGAGGACGAAACGAUCCAGGGGCUGUAGCUUCCGAGCGCGGCUGGUGUCUCCGAGCAAGCUACUGCCGUCGUCGCCGCCGGAAAUAUGUCGUCGGGGCGACGUGGCAGGAUCAGCGACGACGAGAUCAACGAGCUCAUCUCCAAGCUCCAGGCGCUCCUCCCUGAGUCCUCACGCCGCCGGAACGCGAGCCGGUCGUCGGCGUCGAAGCUUCUCAAGGAGACGUGCGCCUACAUCAAGAGCCUGCACCGGGAGGUGGACGACCUCUCGGAACGGCUGUCGGGGCUCAUGUCGACCAUGGACAACGACAGCCCCCAGGCCGAGAUCAUCCGGAGCCUCCUCCGGUGACCCGGCCAUGCCGCCCAGGCGCGCGCGCGCGGGGCUGGCCCUCUUCGAUUCUGCCUGCCAUCUAGUAGCUAGCUGCAGCAGCCAGCGCAGCUGCACUGAAGACGACGACGACAACGCGACGACCUUAAUUAUGUUCCUUUGUUCUUCUUCCGGUGUGUGUGAGUGUGUGUGUUUCCGUGUUUAAUUAAUUUGAGAGCGAGGAGCUGGAUGGAGCCUUCGUUCAGAAGAGGAUGACCAAGAGGGCUCUCGAUCCUCUCGAUCGUGUACCACGCCUUGGGGUUAGUAGAGAUAUAUAUGGACUUGUAUUAACCGGCGAGGUACCACGUACUGGUAGCUUGUAGUUGCAGUUGCAGUAGACUACUAUAGCAGUUUCUACGUUGCAGACGUGUCCUAAGAGUUGUUGUUUUGUAGAUUUGCACGCUGCUCUUGUCUCUGCCCUUAGCUUGCCAAUGGGCGGACAAGCAGCUUAACGUACGACGACUACUCUGGAGACAAAUAUAUAUAUAUACUAUCAUGUGCUUUUCCUG